UGGCGUCUGACGGUGAAGACGUUAUUGCAGUCGUCACAGUUCAGUGUUCUUAAUCUGUGCGUCCAUGUACACAUAUAUGUCCUUUAUUACACUCUAUUAAAUAGAGUAAACAUCGUUAAUAACUGUUUGCAUCCGGUUAUAUUAGUCUGAGCGCACUUUGAUGCUUCUCGAGCUAGCUUAGCCUGCUAGUUAGCUUAGCGUGUUAGCCGCUAACAAAGAGAGGCGGAAGUGAUGAAAACACAUCGCUAAGCAGAGAUCAAGUGUGAGUGUAAAGUGUUGUGAUUGUGUGAAAAUGUGCGAAAGAACGAUAGCAGAGUACGAGGAGGAACUUUGUCCAACAAAAGAGGAGAAGGAGCGACAACAUGAAAAACAUCAAGUUGUGUUACACAGAACAGACAUCCAUCAGCUGAUUGGACACCAAGAAGAAUGUCUCCCUCAUCUCCAGGGGGACAGUUUCACUUUAGAGGAUACACAGCCCUCACGCUUUAAAGGGGACGAGGAGGAUCCACAGCCCCCCUAUUUUAAAGAGGAAGAGGAGGGAGAGUGUCCUGUAGGGCAGGAGGAGGCUGAUCUCACCAAGUUUCCACUGACUGUUGUCUCUGUGAAGACUGAAGAGCAUGAAGACAAAGCACCUGAGUCCUCACAGCUUCAUCACAGUCCAAACGUCUGUGAAAAAUAUCGUCCACCUGAGCAGCAGGAGGGGUCCUCCAGUGUGGAGCAGAAGAGGUCACAGCACUUCCACGUGAAAGAAGAGGAGCCACAGCCCCCCCACUUUAAAGAUGAAGAAAAAGAGCGGCUGUCCCACGACUUCAUAGAGGAAGACAAGAGACACCUCAUCAGUGUGAAGAGUGAAGAUGAUGAGGUCAAAGGUGAGAGUGAACAGAAGUGGAGCUUCAGGAUGCGGACGGAGGAGCCACAGCCCUCCCACAUUAAGAAAGAAGAGAAAUACCCACUGAUCCCCCAUUUUAAAAAGGAAGCAGAGGACCCACUGACACCCCAUUUUAAAGAGGAUGCGGUGGAUCCACUGACCCCUCACAUUAAAGAGGAAGAGGAGGAACACAGCAUCAGUCAGCAGGGAGAGCAUCUUGAAGGACUGGAGGAGGUUGAUGUCACCAAGAUGCCAGUGACUGGUGUCCCUGUGAAGAGUGAAGGUGAUGAGGUCAAAGGUGAGAGUGAGGAGAAGAGAGAGGCGGAGCCUCCAAGCAGCAGCUCAACUCAACACAUGACAACAGAAGCUGAUGGAGACCACUGUGGAGGAUCACAAGCAGACAAGCUCUUAGCUCCACUAUCAGAUAGUGAGGACACAACGUCACACUCUCCUGACACUGAUGAUGAAGACUCUAAAGAUGAUAAGACAUGUCACACUGACAACACACACCUUACAUGUUCUCACUGUGACAAAACUUUUAAAUCUAGUAAUUUGAAAAGACACAUGAGAACACACACUGGAGAAAAACUUUUUUCAUGUUCAAUCUGCGGUAAAGAUUUUAAUCAAAGGGGCCAUUUGAAAAGACACAUGAGAACACACACUGGAGAAAAACCUUUUUCCUGCUCAGAAUGUGGAAAAAGUUUUGUAACAAGUACACAUUUGAAAAUACACAUGACAACACACACUGGUGAAAAACCCUUUUCCUGCUCAGAAUGUGGUAAAAGUUUUGCAACAAAUCAAAGGUUAAAAAUACACACAAGAACACACACUGGUGAAAAACCUUUUUCCUGCUCAGAAUGUGGUAAAAGUUUUGUAAAAAAUGUAAGUUUAAAAGUACACAUGAGAACACACACUGGAGAAAAACCUUUUUCCUGCUCAGAAUGUGGUAAAAGUUUUGCAGCAAGUCCAAGUUUAAAAGCACACAUGAGAAUACACACUGGAGAAAAACCUUUUUCGUGUUCAGUCUGCAAUAAAUAUUUUACUCUCAGGCCCAAUUUAAAAGCACACAUGAGAACACACACUGGAGACAAAUUUUCCUGCUCAGAAUGUGGUAAAAGUUUUGUAAGAAAUGUAAGUUUAAAAGUACACAUGAGAACACACACAGGAGAGAAAGUGUUGAGUUGCAGUGUGUGUGGUGAAAGAUUCUCCUAUAAGUACCAGUGUAAGAAACACAAGUGUGCUGGUGAGAACAGCAGCAGCAAAUGAAGAUGCAGGAUUUGAAAUAAACUUUCUAACACCAUCAGCACAUAUAACAUGUGUGACAUCAUUGUUGUGUGUGUAACACAAUCUUGUUAUUAUGCUUAUAACAUAUAUAGAGUAAAUACUUCAGAUUAGUGCUUUUAUUUCAGUCAAGUGCAUGAGUUAAUAUACACAUUUGUGUACUUUAAAAUGAACAGAACAAUUUGACUGAAAAGGUGAGAAUAAACAGUACAUAAAAUAUGUUACA